AUCGGUGAUUCGUUCCACUCUUUAUUUGCCUCUUUAUACCUUAUUUCCUCCUCCCUUCGUGGCUACCUACGCGGGUUUAUGCUCAGGAUAAGACAAACCUCGACCUAACAUUGAAUUAUCAGGAAAGAAAUCAGCAAUAGUUCAGAUAUUCGAACAUUCAUCAUGUCUUCGUUGUCUCGCAGAGCCUGUUACAAGUCUGUUGCCUCCCUUUCCUUCUUGACGUGUCUUCCUACCCCACAAAGAUUUCCCAAUUUCUGACAUUCUUGGCUCUUUUUUCCCCUCAGAUGUGGAUCCAUCGGCCACUUUGCUGAGGUUUGUUCAUCGCCUGAGCGCCUUUGUUACAAUUGUAAGAAUUCUCUUCUUUCUUUCUUUCUUCUUUUCUCCCCCCCCCUGUUUUCCUGGGGGAGAAUGAGGAAGGGAUGCCUUCAGAAAUUUAUUUUCCAAUGGAAUUCUCCGGGCACAAAUAUCCAUUUAAGGUAAAACUGGUGCGAGGGUGCUGACGUGUUUUUGUGGGGUACAGGCAAGCAACCGGGUAAGCAUCUUGGUCGCUGUUCUUUUCUAAAUUAAUAUCCCCUCUACCUUGACGAAUUUUCAUACUCAACGGCAGUCAUAUGUUUGACCAGGACACGAAUCCAAUGGAUGCCCGAACCCGAGAACUACCGAAACCAAACAGUGCUACCAUUGCCAGGGCCUUGGACACGUUCAGGCAGACUGCCCGACAUUGAGACUCUCUGGAGGCGGCGCUAUUGGAGGCCGUUGCUACUCCUGCGGGAAUCCGGGACAUUUGGUGAGUGAUAAUGCGAGCAUCGGGGUUCGGCAAUAGUGCUAACGGGGGCGUUAUCAAAGGCAAGGGCUUGCCCUCAGCAAAUGGGUGCUGUUGGAAGGGGAGCUAGUGGAUACUCCCCCCGUGGUGGAUAUGCCGGUGGAUUUGUGGGCCGGGGUGUAUUUCCCGUACACCCACGCCCUGCGACAUGCUAUAAAUGCGGUGGUAUGUUUUUGUUUAUCAAAGAAAGUGCAGAUAUCGUUUGAUACUGAUUAUUGGGCUAUCGAAGGCCCGAACCAUUAUGCUCGUGAUUGUCAGGCGCAGGCCAUGAAGUGUUAUGCCUGUGGGAAGUUGGGCCAUAUCAGUAGGGAUUGCCAGGCUCCUAAUGGGGGCCCGUUGAGCACUGCUGGGAAGACAUGUUACAGAUGCGGCGAAGCCGGUGAGUGCACCAUCUGCGGGAGUAGGUUACAUUCGUGUUCUGAUUCUCCCAAGGCCAUAUCUCUCGUGAUUGCCCGCAAGCUGCGGAGCAGGCGGACCAGCAAACUGUCGUCAACGGCACCGUUACUGCAUAAGCUCGACGAACCCAUCAACGUCGAUUUUUAGUGCGGAAUGACUGACAUGUUCCUCAGGAUAUGUCUCGCGGAUCUAAUCUACGAUACGAUUGCGAAAACAGGUUCUUUUCCUUGGCUUUAAUUCAGUGGGGCAUUUUGUUUUUAUUGCUAUUCCUUUCAUGUCGGUUUCUCUUACAACCUGUUUAACAUUCACUGUGAAUUCUUUUUCCCACUUCACUUUUUCACAAUUUUUAUUUAUUCGGGCUUUGCUUUGCAUUCCCUUUGUCUAGCCACCAUAUCGCGGAAAGACGGAAAGUCCGCAGCUCAGAACUGUAUGUAGCAGGGAAGUGGCGGGGAGGUAAAAUUCGGGGGGGCAAGGCCGGAUGGGAAGUUCGGAUCGGAGCUGCAGUAAACGGGCGGCUAUCGUUUGGGCGCUCGAAGAUACGUGGGGCGCCACGUGGUUGCUGUAUGUUGAGAUGAUUUGAAUGUGAGAAAGUUGAAGCAAG